AUGGCGGCCGGGCUGCCGCUCACCAACUACCAGCUGCCGCACCGAGUGGACGGCACGGGCUUCGUGGUGUACGAUGGAGCCAUGUUCUUCAACAAGGAGCGAACGCGCAGAAUCGUCAAGUUCGACCUGGGCACGCGUGUCAAGAGCGGCGAGGCGGUCGUCCCCAACGCCAACUACUACGACACGUCGCCCUACCGCUGGGGCGGCAAGUCCGACAUGGACCUGGCGGCCGACGAGAACGGCCUGUGGGUCAUCUACGCCACGGAACAGAACGAGGGGCGCGUGGUGGUGAGCCGCUUGAACCCGUACACGCUGCGCGUCGAGGCCUCCUUUGAGACGGCCUACGACAAGCGCUCGGCCUCCGACGCCUUCAUGGCGUGCGGCGUCCUCUACGUCCUGCGCUCCACUUACGAGGAUGACGGCGACGGAGCGGCGAACGGCACCGCAGGAGGAGGAGGGGUGGGGGGGGGGACGAGCGACCGCAUCGAUUACGUGUACGACACCAACUCGCGACGGGAUGCGCGCGUCUCCAUCCCGUUCCCCAACCCGUUCCAGUUCAUCACGUCGGUGCAGUACAACCCGCGCGACGGCGCCCUCUACGUGUGGAACAACCACCACGUGCUGCGCUACACGCUGCACUUCGGCCCGCUGGAUCCCACUACAGUGCACGAGAGUUCGACGAUAGGGCCUUCCGGCGGAGGCAGCACCGCAAGUCCUCCGCGGAGCCACGUGGCAAUGGUGCCGCCCAUCCCUACGCAACUGCCUCAGGACACGACCGACGUGACACCGGGAGACGUGGCGCCCGCUGACGGUGGCCAGGGCAGCACCAGCGUGCCCACGUCCUGUCCCCCCACGCUCGCCCACGCCGUCCAGUGGCCCCAGCUGCUGCGGGGCAAGACGGCGGAGAGGCCCUGUCCUGCAGGCGCCGUUGGAUCGCAGCACCUAGUCCCCACGGACACGCCUGCGCCCCUACCCAAGGGGGAGCGGUCUCGCCGCACCGAAACGCCACCGCAGGACCAGGCUCUGACUCCAGGAGGCGGACCAGCCUCGGGGACGAGGCCCAGGAGCACGGCGCUCUACACCUGCGAUGCCAUCACAGGAGCCUGGUCUGCACGAGGUCCCGAUUUAAGCAACUGCACUUCCGCCUGGGUGAACCAAAUCGCACAAUGGACGUCUGACCACUUCAGCCGCAGCUGCUGCGUCUGGAACUGCUCAUCCCACACCACGAGGGGCGACUGGUGGAGCCACGGCUGCGACAGCACGCACACCAACAGCACCACGCACACUACCUGCUCCUGCAGCCACCUCAACAACUUCGCUGUGCUCAUGGCGAGGAGCGACGUGAAGUACGGGCACCGCGCCCACGAGCUGCUGCUGCUGGUGAUCACGUGGGCGGGCGUGCUGGUGUCGCUCGUGUGCCUCGCCGUGGCCACCUUCACCUUCUGCUUCUUCAGCGGCCUCCAGAGUGACCGCAACACCGUCCACAAGAACCUGUGCCUCAGCCUGCUGCUUGCCCAGCUGCUGUUCCUUGUGGGCAUCAACAAGACUCAGUACACGGUGGCGUGCUCCGUGCUGGCGGCGCUGCUGCACCUGCUGUUCCUGGCGGCGUUUGCGUGGAUGUUCCUGGAGGGGCUGCAGCUCUACCUCAUGCUGGUGGAGGUGUUCGAGGGGCGCCGCUCGCGCCGCAAGUACUUCUACCUGCUGGGCUACGGCCUGCCGCUCGCCCUCGUCGCCGCCUCCCUCGCCGUCGACUACACGGGCUACGGCACCGAGCGCGCCUGUUGGCUCAGGACUGACAAUCAUUUCAUCUGGAGUUUCCUUGCGCCCGUGGCCACCAUCAUCCUCGUGAACUCCGUGUUCCUGCUGAUGACUGUGUACAAGAUGGUGCAGCAUUCGGCGCCACUCACGCUCGAGAACAUCAAGUCCUGUGCGCUGGGCGUGGUGGCGCUGCUUUGCCUCCUGGGCGUCACCUGGGCCUUCGGGUUCCUCCUCGUCGACAAGGCCACUCUGGUCAUGGCCUACCUCUUCACCAUCUUCAACUCCUUCCAGGGCACGUUCAUCUUCAUCUUCCACUGCGCUCUGCAGAAAAAGGUGGUUAAGGAGUACAACAAGUGCGUAGGGCAUGCCGAGUGGUGCGUAUGCUGGGGAAACAACUUCUCUUACGCGUCACUCCAACGGCAAACGCUGCUCUCCCAACGUGCAGGUACGCUGACGUUGAGGGAAAACAAGUGAACCGAUGAGAGCGACGUCGACGUUGCCGGUGGUGGCGGCUGUGGCCGCAGCCCGACCCGGAUCCCGUGCGAGGUCGCUCACC